GCGAGCAUGGCUAGGGCCGCGGCCGCUCUGCUGCCCCUCGUCCUGCAGCUCACGGGCCUGGCACUGGCCCCGGGGACCGGCAGAGGUGGGGCCGUCCCCAGGGAGCCUCUGGGGCUUGCUGACAUCCACGACUACCAGCUGCAGGCGCAGGCCCACUCCUCAGCCCCUGCUGGGGCCCCCCAGGAGCGGUGGCGCCCCCUGGAGGAGCGACUGGGAAGGCUGGAGGCUGAGGUCACGGAGCUCAGAGAACAGAACAAAGACCUGCAGGGGAGGGUGAGGCAGCUGGAGUCCUGUGAAUGCCACCCGGCUUCGCCCCAGUGCUGGGGGCUGGGUCGGGCCUGGCCCGAGGGGGCUCGCUGGGAGCCUGAUACCUGCACAGCCUGUGUCUGCCAGGACGGGGCUGCACACUGUGUCCCCCAGCCUGGGCUGCCCCAUUGCCAUGGCUGCAGCCACAACGGUCAGGCCUAUGGCAAUGGGGAGACCUUCGCCACAGACGCCUGUACCACCUGCCGCUGCCUGGAAGGUGCCAUAACCUGCACCCAGAAGCCAUGCCCAAGAGGACCCUGCCCGGAGCCGGGAGCGUGCUGCCCGCACUGCGAGCCCGGCUGUACUGGAGGCCACAGGAGUGGGGAAACGUGGCAACUGGAGCCCUGUGUCAUCUGUACCUGUCAGGCAGGGACGGUGCAGUGCCAGGGGCCCUCAUGCUCAGAGCUCAACUGCCUGGAGAGCUACACCCCACCUGGGGAGUGCUGCCCCAUCUGCCGGCCAGGCUGUGAGUAUGAGGGGCAGCUUUAUGAGGAGGGGGCCAACUUCCUGUCCAGCUCCAACCCUCGUCUCCAAUGCUCCUGCCUGAGGAGCCUGGUUCGCUGUGUGCCCUUGAAGUGCCCGCCCAUCCCCUGCCCUGAACCAGCCCUGAGGCCCGGGCACUGCUGCCCAACCUGCCAAGCCCAAGGCUGCACAGAAGGUGGUUCUCACUGGGAGCAUGGCCAAGAGUGGACCACACCUGGGGACCCCUGCCGGAUCUGCCAGUGCCUGGAGGGCCACAUCCGGUGCCACCAGCGAGAAUGUGCCAGCCUGUGCCCAUACCCUGCCCGGCCCCUCCCGGGCACCUGCUGCCCUGUGUGCGAUGGCUGUUUCCUAAAUGGGCGAGAGUACCGCAGCGGGGAGCCCGUGGGCUCUGGGGACCCCUGCUCCCACUGCCGUUGUGCCAACGGGAGUGUCCACUGUGAGCCUCUGCCCUGCCCACCGACGCCCUGCAGACACCCAGGCACGAUCCCUGGGAAGUGCUGCCCAGUCUGUGACAGCUGUGAGUACCAGGGACACCAGUAUCAGAGCCGGGAGACCUUCAGACUCCAAGAGAGUGGCCGCUGUGUCCGCUGUUCCUGCCAGGCCGGCGAGGUGUCCUGUGAGGAGCAGGAGUGCCCGGGUGCCCCCUGCACCCUGUCUGACUCUGGCCCCCAGCUCUGCCCAGCCUGCGUGCUUGGUGGAGAGGAGUUUGCUGAGGGGGUCCAGUGGGAGCCUGAUGGUCAGCCCUGCACAACCUGUUCCUGUCAAGCUGGGGUGCCCGUGUGCAGGGCUUUGCUCUGCUCCCCAGCCCCCUGCCAGCACCCCACCCAGCCCUCUGGUGCCUGCUGCCCCAGCUGUGAGAGCUGCACCUACCACGGCCAAGUGUACGCCAACGGGCAGAACUUCACAGAUGCAGACAGCCCUUGCCACACCUGCCACUGCGAGGAUGGGACCGUGACAUGCUCCUUGGUCAACUGCCCUCCCACAACCUGUGCCAGGCCCCAGAGUGGACCCAGCCAGUGCUGCCCCAGGUGCCCAGACUGCAUCCUGGAGAAACAAGUGUUUAUGGAUGGCGAGAGCUUCUCCCACCCCCGAGACCCCUGCCAGGAAUGCCAGUGCCGGGAAGGCCAUGCCCACUGCCAACCUCGGGCCUGCCCCAGGGCCUCCUGUGCCCACCCGCUGCCUGGUCCCUGUUGCCAGAACAACUGCAAUGGCUGUGCCUUUGGUGGGAAAGAGUACCCCAAUGGAGCAGACUUCCCCCACCCCUCCGACCCCUGCCGCCUGUGUCGCUGUCUGAGCGGCCACGUGCAGUGCCCGGCCCGCCGCUGCCCGCCCUUGCCCUGUCCAGAGCCGCUCCUGUUGCCAGGAGAGUGCUGCCCGCAGUGCCCGGCCACCCACUCUGGCUGCCCUCGGCCCGGGGGCGGGGUCCCCGUCCGCCACCAGGAGCACUUCUCCCAGCCCGACGACCCCUGCCGCCGCUGCCUCUGCCUCAACGGCUCCGUGUCCUGCCAGCGGCUGCCCUGCCCACCGGCGCCCUGCGCCCACCCGCGCCAGGGGUCCUGCUGCCCCUCCUGUGACGGCUGCCUGUACCAGGGGAAGGAGUUCGCCAGCGGCGAGCGCUUCCCUUCGCCCACUGCCCGGUGCCACGUCUGCCUCUGCUGGGAGGGCAGCGUCAGCUGCGAGCCCAGGGCCUGUGCCCCGGCACAGUGCCCCUUCCCUGCCAGGGGUGACUGCUGCCCUACCUGUGAUGGCUGUGAGUACCUACGGGAGUCCUACCUGAGCAGCCAGGAGUUUCCGGAUCCCCGGGAGCCCUGCAAUCUGUGUACCUGUCUCGGAGGCUUCGUGACCUGCAGCCGCCGGCCCUGUGAGCCUCUGGGCUGCAGCCACCCGCUCACCCCGUCUGGGCACUGCUGCCCGACCUGCCAGGGAUGCCUCUAUCAUGGGGUCACCGCUGCCCCCGGAGAGACCCUUCCCGACCCGCUCGACCCCACCUGCUCCACCUGCACCUGCCAGGAAGGCUCCAUGCGCUGCCAGAAGAAGCCGUGUGCUCCAGCUCUGUGCCCCCAUCCCUCCCCAGGGCCUUGCUUCUGCCCUGUUUGCCACAGCUGCCUCUCUCAGGGCCGGGAGCACCAGGACGGGGAGGAGUUUGAGGGGCCCACAGGCAGCUGUGAGCGAUGUCGCUGUCAGGCUGGCCAGGUCAGCUGUGAGCGGCUGCAGUGCCCACCUCUGCCCUGCCCACUCCAGGUCACAAAGCCGGGGAGCUGCUGCCCUCGCUGCAGAGGCUGCCUGGUUCAUGGGGAGGAGCACCCUGAAGGCAGUAGCUGGGAGCCCCCCGACAGCCCCUGUUCCUCCUGCAUGUGUCAUGAGGGUGUCAUCACCUGUGCCAGCAUCCAGUGUGUCACCUCCUGUGCCCAGCCUCACCUGGGGCCCCGUGACUGCUGCCCUCGAUGCUCUGACUGUGAGCAUGAGGGUCAGAAGUAUGAGCCCGGGGAGAGCUUCCAGCCUGGCGCAGACCCCUGUGAAGUGUGCACCUGUGAGCUGCAGCCUGAGGGAACUCUCAGCCUUCGCUGUUACCGGUGGCAGUGUCCCAGCCUGGUGGGCUGUCCCGCCAGCCAGCUCCUGCCCCCUGGGCCCCAGCACUGCUGCCCCACCUGUGCCCAGCCGCUGAGUCCCUGCACGGAGCACCUGCGGGGGUCUAAGCUGGCCCCACCAGACCCCUGCUACACCUGCCAGUGCCAGGACCUGACUUGGCUCUGCAUUCACCGGGCCUGUCCUGAGCCCAGCUGUCCCCUGUUGGAGCGCCAUACCCCCCCUGGGAGCUGCUGCCCCGUGUGCCAGGAAUGUGUGGUGGAAGCUGAGGGCCGGAGAGUGGCAGAUGGAGAGAGCUGGCGGGAUCCCAGCGACGCCUGUGUCACUUGCACCUGCCGUCGGGGCCGCGUGGAGUGCCGCCUGGAAGAGUGCCAGGCCCUCUCCUGCCCCCACGGCUGGGCGAAGGUGCGGGAGGCUGGCAGGUGCUGUGAGAGAUGCCAAGCCCCCGCCCAGUCGUGCGCGCACCAGGGCCGGCAGGUGGCCUCCGGGGAGCGCUGGGCCGUGGACGCCUGCACCAGCUGCUCCUGCGUAGCCGGCGCCGUGAGCUGCCAGAGCCAGCGCUGCCCGCCGCUCUCCUGCGGGCCCGACGAGGCCCUCGCCCUGAGUCCCGGCAGCUGCUGCCCCCGCUGCCUGACCCGGCCCGCUUCCUGCAUGGCCUUCGGAGACCCUCAUUACCGCACCUUCGACGGCCGCCUGCUGCACUUCCAGGGCAGCUGCAGCUACGUGCUGGCCAAGGACUGCCGUGGAGGGGACUUUAGCGUGCACGUGACCAACGAUGACCGGGGCCGGAGCGGCGUGUCCUGGACUCACGAGGUGGCCGUGCUGCUGGGAGACGUGGCCGUGCGGCUGCUGCAGGGCGGGGCGGUCACGGUGGACGGGCGCCCCGUCGCCUUGCCCUUCUUGCAGGAGCCUCUGCUGUAUGUGGAGCUGCGGGGACGCACGGUGAUGCUACACGCCCAGCCGGGGCUCCAGGUGCUGUGGGAUGGGCAGUCCCAGGUGGAGGUGAGAGUGCCUGGCUCCUACCGGGACCAGAUUUGUGGGCUCUGUGGCAACUUCAAUGGCUUUGCCCAGGAUGAUCUGCAGGGCCCUGAGGGGCUGCUCCUGUCCACUGAGGCUGCGUUUGGGAAUAGCUGGCAGGUGGGAGAUGGCCGGACCUGUCCCUCAGGCCUCGAACUGCCCACCGUGCUGCUGCAGAUGGAGCGGAGCCGGCGGGCCCAGGAGCAGCUCCUGUGGGAUUUGGAGCUGCUGACCGGGGCGGGGCUGGGCCUCUCCUGGCCCCCCUGGGCCCAGUUCUGCGGUCUGAGGGACCAGGCCCGGUGUGCGUGGAGCCAGUGCAGCAAGCCCCGUGGUAGGACGGAUGGGGGCUCUGAGCGGCUGACGAGUGGGAAUUCCGGGCUGUGCCCAUCGCCCCAGGCUGAGGACUCCCAGAGCGAGGACCGUCAGCUCCUGGAGGGGGGGCUGGCAGAGGACCCAUCGUCAGCCCUGGAUCUGAGUGAAGCCAGGUUUGAUGCAGACCCAAGGUGGGAGAGCCCUGGCAUGCCUGCAGAAGGGCCCACAUCUGGUUGCUCACAAGAGCUGAACCUCACCACCAGCAGUAGCUUUGGAGAACCAGGAAGCUCAGAGUUCAAGGAGCUGGCCCAGAGGGAAGACGGGGAGCUAGCAGGGCCCAUGCCCCAGAGGCCCCAUCAACCACCAUCCAGAAGCCUCCAGGAGAAGAAGCUGGCUCAGGGAGCCCCAGGGCCCUCAGGCCUCCCCUCCCAGGGCCUGCCAGAACCCCAGGAUCCCCUGGAGGGGCUGGGCUGGAGCCUGGGCCAGGAGAGAGCAGAACUAAAGAAACUGCUAAGAACUGAGAUUCCUCAGAGUCAGAGAGAGGAGGCCCCUCAGGAUCAGAGAGGGCAGGCCCUCCAGGGGGAGGACAAGGAAGUUCCUCAGAGUAAGAGAGAGAAGACAAACGAGGGUCAGAGUGGGGAGCCCCCUCAGGCUCUGAGGGAAGAGGUCUCGGAAGGUCAAAGGUGGGAGACCUUUGAAGGUCAAAGACCUUUGAAGGUCUCGGAAGGUCAAAGGUGUGAGAAUAAAGAGGCUCCUCGAGGUCAAAGCGGAAGUCGCCUUAAGUGCCGGAGAAAGGAGGCCCUCCUGGAGCAGAGUGAGGAUUCUCCUCAGGGCUCGGAAGUGAAGAUGCUUCAGUCUUCGGAGCGCAGAGGCCGUGUCUCACAAGCCUGGGAGGUGGCUCGGGGAGAGGCACCUAUGCCGUCCCGGGAGGAAGGCGGCUCCCUGGGAAUUCCGGGGGGCUUCUGCAGGUCCCUGGGAGAACAGACGCCGCAGCCUGGGGGAAGGGAGAGCCCGGACCCGCGGGGAAGGACCACCCAGCUGAGGCAGGUUAAGACCGGUGGCCCGAGAGGAGAGAGCGCAGCGGCCGUGAGAGAGCAGGGGCCCGCCCGGGAAGGGGCGCCGGCUCCCCUUACGCCCCCGGGGCCUCCGGCCCGGCCGCCGCUCCCACGCCCAGGAGCGGUGUUGCUAGCGGCCCUACGCACUGGUGGUUCCGGGCAGCGGGAGUGCCCCGGAGCUCUCCCAGGGCACCCGGGCCUGCUGAGCGAUCCGCACUCGCUUCAGGGCCCGGGAGGAAGCCCUGGCCCCGCGGAGCAGCAGCUGGGCGGCUCCAUGGGGCUCCCGGGAGCCCUCGGGGGGCGGAGGGGAGGUGCCGAGGCCCCCAGAGCCUCGAAGACCGCGUGGCCCCGGUCCCCGAGCAGGGACAGGCGGUCGGCGGGCGUGAGCGCGGCGCAGCAGGAGACGGCUCUGCAACGGCUGCUGGAGCUGCACAGUGAGGCCAGACGUCGGCGGCAGCAGGACCGCGAGCAGCAGCGGCUCCGGGUCUUGGAACGCCUCCGCAUCGCCAGGAACCGUCACUGCCGCGUGCACCCCUUGGGACCCCCACCGAGCCCGGCUCAGCUCCCACCACAGGAGGACGCGGCCGGGCAGCGGCGCGCCCUGCGGGAGCAGCUGAAGCAGAUGCAAAGGGAGAGAACCGGGCGGCUGCGAGCCCUCGGGGCCAGGAACACCCAGAACUUCCAGCAGCUACUGUGGCCCCCUGGCUCUGAGGAGCCUGCGCCUGGAGAGCAUCGCUCACUCUUCCCAGCCCCCUCUGGUCACUGCUGAAUCCUCAAAGGGACGAUUAAAGAGACGGGGAUUUAAGGAAAAAGCAAGAGGGCAACCUGUAGGUCAGAGGUAGUUUCAGAAAGGCCCAGAACGCAGCCUCAGGGCCUGGGAGAGCCAGAUACAGACACGCAUGGCACUUUCGGCCCACCAGGUGUGUUAUUUCUUCUUCCCUCCCCUAAGCCCACUGCCUGGCCGACGGUCAGAGGGCCAGGUCCUGGGGGUCAAGCAGUGCGAAGGCCCCAUUCUUGCGGAAGAAAGAUUCAAUGCGGCACAUCUUGCAGGAGACCAGUUCUUGCUUCACUGGGGGGCCUGGGAAAAGAUGUCAGAGGCCAGGAAUGGAUUCCUGGGAAAGGAACUCGCAGAGCCCGGGAGCCCUGCCUGCAUAACCCUAGGAAUCUGCCUGUGUUGUAUCCACUUUGUAAGCGUGAAAAAAUAAAAAGAAGUGCU